CGCAGUGCAAGCAAAUUGUGUGGUACGAAACCAAUCGGGCGCAUUUGUUGCGGCGACGCCAGCCAUUUGUGUGCUGCGAGGACGAAUAAUUAAUUUUAGAAUAACGAGUUCUGCUGUAAAACUUGACUAUCUACAAAUGUGUGAGAUGCGGACGGCGGUGCUGCUGCUGGUGGUGGCGGCCGGAGCAGAUCAUCCCCCCAGCUCUGUCAUCAAUGAGAUCAGCAAACAGUUCGGCAGCAUGAUGCUGCACUGCGUGCAAUUGCUGUACCCGCAGACGGGCUACUUCCGCGACGUGCUAGAUUUCUGGAACCGUGACUUAAACAUCACGGGGCACACUUACCUGGGCUGCCUGGCGGCCUGCAGUUUGUUCAAGCUGCAGCUGCGCAACCGCGACGGCUCCCUCAACGACACAAACAUCACCAAAUUCCUACACCAGAACGGCGCCGUCGAGAAUGACGCGGCGGUGCUGCUGGACGUGUUCAAGACGUGUCAGAACGCCUCCAGCUCCGAGCGUAGUGCGUGCGUCGCGGGUCUCAAGACUAUGAUUUGCUUCCGAUCACAUAUAUACCGCCUCAACUGGACGCCGCAGUUCUACAGGGGCCCCUACGAAAAUGUACUGAAUGGCAAAUAAUAAAUCAGCA